CGAGUGCUGUUAACCAUCAUCUGGCCCUAUAAGGCUAAAGGAAAUGUUAUUGAUCAACAAGAAAAGUUGGGAAAGGUGAACUAAAUAUGGAGUCAAAUGGGGCUAUCAGACAUAGUGGUAUGUUUUAGAUUCAAGCAUCCGAAUCUUUAACCAACCUUGAUGAAAAGGGUUUUCAGGGUAGAAUCAACCUCCAAUCACGGACAGGUAGGAAAUUUGUAGCGAACUUCAUUGCCUCCCUUGAAUUUGAUAGUCAUGGCAGUCAAACAUGAGCUAGAGAAUAGUUUGUUGCUUGAUGAUGAUGGGCGGACAAGAAGAACUGGAACCUUAUGGAGUUGCAUAGCUCAUAUAAUUACGGCUGUUAUCGGCUCUGGUGUUCUGUCUUUGGCUUGGAGUGUAGCACAGCUAGGGUGGAUAGCGGGUCCAGUUGCCAUUCUUUGCUUUGCUAUCGUCACCUAUGUUUCUGUUGUGCUUCUUUCUGAUUGCUACAGAUAUCCUGACCCUGUCACUGGAACACGAAACUACUCUUACAUGGAUGCUGUUAGAGUGAAUCUUGGUAAAACCCAGACAUGCCUUUGCGGAUUGUUUCAAUAUCUGUUCAUGUAUGGGAUUUGCACUGCAUAUGUUAUUACCACUUCGACUAGUAUGAGCGCAAUUCGACGAUCAAACUGUUACCGUGAAAAAGGUCAUAAUGCACCAUGUGAAGACGUGGAUACUCCGUAUAUGCUGAUAUUCGGAGCUGUUCAGAUUGUAACGUCACAGAUACCAGAUUUCCACAGCAUAGAAUGGCUUUCAGCUCUUGCUGCAAUCAUGUCUUUUGCCUACUCUCUUACAGGAUUUGGACUUGGCUUGGCUACAGUAAUAGAAAAUGGGAUGAUCAAGGGAAGCAUUACAGGUGCCCCAGCUGCUACUAGAGCUAAAAAACUAUGGUUAGUCUUUGAAGCUCUUGGGGACAUUGCUUACGCCUAUCCAUACGCACUAAUUCUUCUUGAAAUUCAGGAUACUUUGAAGUCACCUCCACCUGAGAACAAGACCAUGAAGAAGGCAUCGAUGAUUGCACUCUUCUCGACAACAUUAUUUUACCUCUUCUGUGGAUGCUUUGGAUACGCAGCUUUUGGCAACAAUACUCCUGGAAAUCUUUUGACCGGACUUGGAUUUUAUGAGCCUUACUGGCUCAUUGACUUUGCUAAUGCUUGCAUUGUUCUACAUUUGGUUGGAGGCUAUCAGCUCUUCAGUCAGCCAGUAUUCACGUUUGUAGAACGUUGGUCCUCGAAGAAGUUCCCAAACAGUGGAUUUCUGAAUAACUUCUACAGCAUCAAACUCCCACUGUUGCCUUCUUUUCACAUUAAUAUUUUCAGGAUAUGUUUUCGAACUGCAUAUGUUGUGUCAACGACCGUGAUUGCCACUGUUUUCCCUUACUUCAACCAAGUUCUGGGGCUAUUAGGGGCCUUAAACUUUUGGCCAUUAGCCAUAUAUUUACCCGUAGAAAUGUAUUUUGUACAGAACAAAAUAGAGGCUUGGACGAGAAAAUGGGUUGUUCUCAGAACAUUUAGCUUUGUUUGCUUUCUUGUAUCAAUUGUAGGCUUAAUUGGGUCAAUUGAAGGAAUUGUAAGUGCUAAAUCUAUGUAGAACCGUUUUUGUUUUUACUUGGAUCAAGGAUUUAUUAAAAAGAGGUGAUUUAAAUAA